AGUUCCCAACUGCAACAUUUAUUCUGGAUGAUGUCUUCUUCUCCUCUUGCCACCCUAUAAAUAGCCCAUGCUACUGCUCACCUUUGAAGCACAAGCACAAGCACAAGCAGCUCUAGCUAGCUACAGGCAUCAGUGGUCAGUAGAGUGAUCAGUUGCAACUAGCUAGCUAGUUAGAUUAUAUCUUCAGUGAUGGCUCCGGCCUGCGUCUCCGACGAGCACGCCGUCGCGGUGUCGGCGGAGCGGCUGUGGAAGGCGUUCAUGGACGCGUCCACUUUGCCCAAGGCCUGCGCCGGCUUGGUCGACGACAUUGCGGUCGAGGGGAACGGUGGUCCGGGCACCAUCUACACCAUGAAGCUUAACCCUGCCGCGGGUGUGGGAAGCACAUACAAGACCCGGGUGGCGGUGUGCGACGCCGCAAGUCAUGUCCUAAAGUCGGAUGUGCUCGAGGCAGAAAGCAAGGUGGGGAAGCUCAAGUCACACUCGACGGAGACGAAGCUUGAGGCCACCGGCGAUGGCUCCUGUGUGGCCAAGCUCAAGGUGGAGUACGAGCUCGAGGACGGCAGCUCACUGUCGCCGGAGAAGGAGAAGGACAUCGUGGAUGGCUACUAUGGCAUGCUCAAGAUGAUCGAGGACUACCUCGUCGCUCACCCUGCCGAAUACGCCUAAGAUGAAGAGGAAUACUGCCUCUAUCCAGUAUAUCCCACCUAGAGUGAGUGAUAAUUAAAUAAUGAGAGCCGCAGAAAUGUCCAAAUUCUCGUGGCGUUUGAGUCCGUGAGAGUAAUUUCGUGCUUUAAGUUUGUGGUUGUGUUUAUGUGCCUUUCUAUGGUCGUAUUCAGUGUUAAAGUUAUCAUUUUGCUUCAUCAAUGGGUGAAUAAAGAGAGGCAAGUCUGAAUGUGUUCUGCUAUGGUUUGGAGGUUAA